CAAUUCUUCUAGCAUGGUCCAACUCGUCGUUACCACUCGCAUCCUUUCCGCGAUUGAGGCCAUUCCGCCGUCUCGUCGCGAGGAUCUCGACCUUCCAGACUUGAUAAACUUGAACUCUCCUAUUUCACACGAGCAACUGAUUGGGUUAUCGCGAUACCUGAAAAGCAAUCCGGAUGGCCACGAUAGCGACAGCAACACCCCGACGUCCUUGAACUCCCUCCUUCACGGAACUAAAGUCUACGUGCCUCCGCCGCCUAAGAAGCCAGAACCUACCCCUGAAUACCUCGCCCAAAAGGCUCGCCUCCUCGCCGCCGUCGAAGCAGACGCCUACAACCGCAUGACCUUACCCUCCUCAACCUCAACAAAAGGCCCAUCACCAAUCUUCUCCUCAACCACACCCAUCGUCUCCGCAAUGCAUGAUCCAAACACCUCCGACACCUCCGCAAAGGAUCCCCUAACCCCCUCCCUCGUCCUAAACAUCUUCCUCUCCGUGCUCUUGACCGGAUUCAGCACCUAUUGGGCACUAAGCAAGUUUUCAACACCGGAUAUACUCACUUCGACUGUUGCGAGUGCGUGGAGGGGGAGGGAUGUGCGCGGGGCAUCGGAGCCGGUGCGCGUGUUGUUGAGUCUUUUUGUGGCGCUGCUUGUUGGGUUGGCGGAGGUGAUUAUUUAUGCUAUUUAUUUGGGGAAGGCGGAGGAUGCGAGGGUUAAGGAAAAGAGGAUAAGGGAGAGGAAGGAAUUUGUUGGGGGUGAGCGGGUUGGUGGGAGGGCCGAGGAGGCUGAGACUGAUGGUCAGCAGGUGGAUGGAGAUGAGGAGAAGAUUUGGGGCCGUGGUGCUAAUGGAGGGUUACGGAGGAGAGUGAGGGAGAAAUGGGAGGAGCAGGAGAAGGUGCAAUAAGGGAAGGGCGUGACUACUCAAGCAGAAAAAGUAGAUACCCACUGACAUAAGAACAACGGAGUAUACUGUACCAUCCGUCCAAUGACUGUUCUCCCACACAUAUAUCUCUAGACUAUCAUUUUUACAGUGUCUUGCGAUCUCUUACUUCAGUCAUAUUCGAAUAAAUGUAGCUCCGCAUCCAGCAUGGAGUAUUAAUAUCUAAAU